GGGAAAGAAUGCUACAGCCAAAACAAAACAGCUCCAAAAGCAAAAGCAAAAGAAGGCAUUAAGCUUUGCAAUCAGUGCACAAAGCAAAGCGCACAGACACACUCUAAAGCUAAAACAAAAUCAGAAACAGCUCCAAAAGAAAAAGUAAAAGAAUGCAUUCAACUUUCCAAUUAGUCCACAAAGCAAAGUGCACCAAAGCUUACCUCACUAAGCAAACACUAUGGAGAAGAUUCAACAUAUAUACCAUGCAUGCGUGUCAUCAUCCUUUUGCUGGUUUCUUAGUUCAGAGCAAUGUCAGAGAUUGUGCCCGCAGAACCUAUUGAAGGCAUAUAUUUCGAGCGAGGAGAGACAUCAACAGCAUCAGCAUCGACAUCUGAGGCACCCCAUGUCACUUUGGCCAUUACCAAUGGCAGCAACAACGAGGAAUAUGCUCCAGAACCCUUUGACAGUGAAAGGUUGCCAACAGUUUUUGCUUCUGAAAUUCAAAGGUUCCUUCGAGUGGCCAACUUGCUUGGAAAGGAGGAGCCUCGUGUUGCAUAUCUUUGCCGUGUUCAUGCCUUUGUGAUUGCACACAACUUGGACAAAAAUUCUAGUGGAAGGGGUGUUAGACAAUUCAAAACUUCACUACUUCAUAGACUUGAACAGGAUGAGCACGCUACAAAAAAGAGGGGAACAAGUGAUAUUCGUGAACUUAAGAGUGUUUACCGUGCCUACAGGGAUUAUUAUAUCAGACAUGAUAAAGCAUUCGAUCUAGAACAAAGUCGAAGACAGAAAUUGAUAAAUGCACGAGAUAUUGCUUCUGUUCUGUUUGAGGUGCUAAAGACAGUUACAGAUCCAGCUGCUUCUCAGGCACUUAUUCAAGGCAAUGCAAUCCAUAGAAAAACUGAAUUUAACAUUCUUCCACUUGAGCAAGGAGGCAUUCAGCAUGCCAUUAUGCAGCAACCUGAGAUUAAGGCCGCCAUUGCAGUUAUUCGCAAUGUUCGCGGUUUACCCCCAGCCCAAGAUUUCAAGAAGCACGGAGCCUUUGUGGAUCUAUUUGAUUUUCUUCAGCACUGUUUUGGAUUUCAGGAAGCCAAUGUUGCCAACCAAAGGGAACAUCUUAUUCUACUCCUAUCCAACAUGCAGACUCGUCAAACUCACAACCAGACAUCUGUUUUGAAGUUAGGGGAAGGAGGUGUGGAUGAACUGAUGAGAAAGUUUUUCAAAAACUAUACCAACUGGUGUAAGUUUUUAGAGAGGAAAAGCAAUAUCCGUUUACCUUUUGUGAAACAGGAAGCCCAGCAAUAUAAAAUUUUGUACAUUGGGCUUUACCUGCUCAUAUGGGGGGAGGCAGCUAAUUUGCGAUUCAUGCCGGAAUGUCUCUGCUAUAUUUUUCAUCAUAUGGCAUAUGAAUUGCACGGUAUUUUAAGUGGUGCUAUUAGCUUAACGACAUGGGAAAAGGUCAUGCCUGCAUAUGGAGGAGAACCAGAGUCUUUCCUUAACAAUGUUGUCACACCAAUAUACACUGUCAUAAAAAAGGAAGUGCACAAUAGCAAUGGUGGGGCAGCUGAUCAUUCUAUAUGGAGAAACUAUGAUGAUCUGAAUGAGUACUUCUGGUCUCCUGAUUGUUUCAAAAUUGGUUGGCCCAUGCGUCUAGAUCAUGACUUUUUCUUUGUGAAACUUAGAACUAAACCAAAACCAGAUGUCAAGAAUGAUCCUAAUAGGUCACCUGGUAAAACAAAAGGAAAGAAAAAGAGAGAAAAGAGGGAUGAAGAAGAACCAGAGGAUAAAACAGAGGAAAUCCAUGAACCACAGUGGCUGGGGAAGACCAAUUUUGUAGAGAUUCGUUCAUUCUGGCAAAUUUUUAGAAGCUUUGAUAGAAUGUGGAGCUUUUAUAUUCUAUCCCUUCAGGCCAUAAUAAUCAUGGCUUGUCAUGACUUGGGAUCUCCACUACAGUUGUUUGAUGCAAUAGUAUUUGAGGAUAUAAUUAGCAUCUUCAUCACCUCUUCGGCUCUAAAACUUAUUCAAGCAAUUUUAGACAUUGCCCUUUUGUGGAAAGCAAGACAUACGAUGGAAUAUUCUCAAAAGGUGAAACUAGUGAUGAAGAUGGUCUUAGCAAUUAUAUGGACUAUUGUCCUUCCUGUAUGCUAUGCUAAUUCGAGAAGAAAAUAUACUUGCUAUUCCACCAAGUAUGGAAGUUUGAUUGAGGAAUGGUGUUUUACUUCCUAUAUGGUUGCAGCGGCAAUAUACCUGACAACUAAUGCAGUUGAAGUUGUGUUAUUUUUUGUCCCUGCUGUUGCCAAGUAUAUUGAGGUCUCUAAUUACAAGAUAUGCAGACUUUUGUCUUGGUGGACUCAGCCUAGAAUCUAUGUUGGUCGAGGGAUGCAAGAAGACCAGGUUUCAGUUUUAAAGUACACACUAUUCUGGAUAUUGGUGUUAUCGUGUAAAUUUUUGUUUAGCUACAGUUUUGAGAUAAAACCACUCAUAGCACCUACCAGACAGAUUAUGAAAAUUGGGGUACAUUAUGAAUGGCAUGAGCUUUUUCCAAAAGUCAAGAGCAAUGCUGGUGCAAUUGUAGCUGUAUGGAGCCCUGUAGUAAUUGUAUAUUUUAUGGACACACAAAUUUGGUAUUCUGUUUUCUGUACAAUAAUUGGUGGACUUUAUGGCAUUUUGCAUCACCUUGGUGAGAUAAGAACACUCGGAAUGCUGAGAAGUAGAUUUGACUCCUUACCUUCAGCAUUCAACGUCUGUCUGAUCCCACCAUCUUCCAAACGUGGUAAAAGGAAACGAAAAGGUCUCCUCAGCAAUAUAUUUCAGAAGUUGCCGGAUGAAAAAAAUGCCACUGCGAAAUUUGUUGUAGUAUGGAAUCAAAUAGUAAAUCAACUACGUCUUGAAGAUUUGAUCAGUAACAGAGAGAUGGAUUUGAUGAUGAUGCCUGUGUCUUCUGAAUUGUUUUCUUCCAAGGUUCGUUGGCCUGUUUUCCUCCUGGCAAAUAAGUUUUCUACAGCGUUGACCAUUGCUAAAGAUUUUGAGGGAAAGGAAGAGAUUCUUGUGAAGAAAAUCACAAAAGACAAAUACAUGUUUUAUGCUGUAAGAGAGUGUUACCAGUCUCUAAAAUAUGUUCUUGAAAUUCUGGUUGAGGGUAGCAUGGAGAAAAGGAUCAUAUGUGAUAUACUAAGCGAAAUUGAAAAGAGUAUCCAAGAAACAACUCUUCUACAGAACUUUAACAUGAAAGUUAUCCCAGCCCUACAUGCUAAAGUUGUUGAGCUAGCUGAACUUCUGAUGGAAGGAGAAAAAGACAAUCAGCACAAAGUUGUGAAAGCCCUGCUAGAUAUAUUUGAAUUGGUGGCAAAUGAUAUGAUGGUUGAUUCCAGAAUAUUGGAUAUGCUCCACUUUCCCGAACAAAAUGAGUGUGGCUUUGUCUAUUUUAGAAAUGAUGAUCAACUAUUUGACACCGUGGAAAUGAAUAGGGAUUUUUAUCCAUUUUCCAAUGAGAAUUCUAUCCAAUUUCCAUUGCCAGAAAAUGGUCCUAUGAUGGAAAAGAUCAAGCGUUUUCAUUUGUUGCUUACGGUCAAAGAAACAGCAAUGGAUGUGCCUGCAAACUUAGAUGCUCGAAGACGCAUAUCAUUCUUUGCUACUUCUCUGUUCACAGAUAUGCCUGAUGCUCCAAAAGUUCACAACAUGAUGCCAUUCUGUGUUAUAACUCCACAUUACAUUGAGGACAUUAAUUUUUCGGUUAAGGAGCUUGGUUCAGAUAAAGAGGAGGACUCCAUCAUCUUCUACAUGCAAAAGAUAUAUCCAGAUGAAUGGACAAAUUUUUUGGAACGCAUGGGUUGUGAAAACCGACGAAGUUUAGAAGAUGAACACAAGGUAGAAGAUCUUCGACUGUGGGCUUCAUUCCGUGGCCAGACGCUAAGCAGAACAGUUAGAGGGAUGAUGUACUACAGAGAAGCCUUAAAAUUACAAGCAUUUCUUGACAUGGCUGAAGAAGAAGACAUUCUUGAGGGUUAUGAGACUGCUGAAAGAGGUAACCGUGCAUUGUUUGCUCGUCUAGAAGCACUAGCAGACAUGAAAUACACCUAUGUUAUUUCCUGUCAAUCAUUUGCAUCACAAAAGGCUAUGAAUGAUCCACGUUAUCAAGAUAUGAUCGACUUGAUGACAAGGUAUCCAUCUCUUCGUGUUGCCUAUGUUGAGGAAAAGGAAGAGAUAGUGCAGGGUAGGCCUCACAAAGUAUAUUCAUCUAAACUGGUUAAAGUUGUCAAUGGUUUUGAACAGACAAUAUAUCAGAUUAAACUACCAGGUACACCGCAUCUUGGAGAAGGGAAGCCUGAAAACCAAAACAACGCAAUAAUAUUCACUCGUGGUGAAGCACUCCAAACAAUUGAUAUGAACCAAGAUAAUUACUUGGAAGAAGCUCUGAAGAUGAGAAACCUUCUCCAAGAAUUUCUUCGGCGCCAAGGAAGGCGUCCUCCUACAAUACUUGGUUUAAGGGAACACAUUUUCACAGGAAGUGUGUCUUCUCUGGCUUGGUUCAUGUCAUAUCAAGAGACUAGCUUUGUCACUAUUGGUCAAAGGCUUCUGGCUAAUCCUCUCAGGGUGCGGUUCCACUAUGGCCAUCCAGAUGUAUUUGAUAGGAUUUUUCACAUCACAAGAGGAGGAAUAAGCAAAGCAUCUAAAACAAUUAACUUGAGUGAGGAUGUUUUUGCUGGAUUUAAUUCAACAUUAAGACGAGGAUGUAUUUCCUAUCAUGAAUACUUGCAAAUUGGCAAAGGUCGUGAUGUAGCUCUUAACCAAAUCUCAAAAUUUGAAGCUAAGGUAGCAAAUGGAAACUGUGAGCAAACUAUAAGCCGUGACAUAUUCCGCCUUGGUAGGCAAUUCGAUUUUUUCCGGAUGCUGUCGUGCUAUUUCACAACCAUUGGAUUUUACUUCAGCAGCUUGAUUUCAGUGAUAGGAAUCUAUGUAUUUCUCUACGGACAGCUAUACCUGGUGCUUAGUGGGUUGGAAAGAGCACUUAUCGUUGAGGCUCGACUCAAGAAUGUGCAAUCCUUAGAAACAGCUCUUGCCUCCCAGUCAUUCAUACAACUUGGACUUCUGACAGGCUUGCCAAUGGUGAUGGAAAUAGGACUUGAGAAAGGUUUCCUCACAGCUUUAAAGGACUUUGUACUCAUGCAAUUGCAGCUGGCUGCUGUUUUCUUCACUUUUGCCCUUGGAACAAAAACACAUUACUAUGGACGAACACUUUUGCAUGGGGGUGCAAAGUACAGACCAACUGGACGUAAAGUUGUCUUCCAUGCUAGCUUCACUGAGAACUAUAGAUUGUAUUCAAGAAGCCACUUUGUUAAGGCAUUUGAGUUAUUGCUGCUGUUGAUUGUUUAUAACAUGUUCAGGAAGUCCUACCAAAGUAACAUGGCAUAUGUGUUGAUAACAUAUGCCAUUUGGUUCAUGUCUCUAACUUGGUUAUGUGCACCUUUUCUUUUUAAUCCUGCUGGGUUCAGUUGGACCAAGACGGUAGAUGACUGGAAAGAGUGGAAUAAAUGGAUCAGACAACAGGGUGGUAUAGGAAUUCAACAAGACAAAAGUUGGCAUUCUUGGUGGUAUGAUGAGCAAACUCAUCUUCGUUGGUCAGGUCUUGCUUCUAGGAUUACUGAAAUAUUGCUUUCUCUCCGUUUUUUCAUCUAUCAGUAUGGUCUGGUCUAUCAUCUAGACAUCUCUCAGCACAGCAAGAACUUUCUGGUUUAUGUCCUUUCAUGGAUUGUGAUUGUUGCAAUUUUCCUCUUGGUGAAGGCCGUUAACAUGGGAAGGAAACUACUCAGUGCUAACUAUCAGCUUGGAUUCAGACUUUUCAAAGCAUUCUUGUUCCUGGCUGUUCUUGCCCUCAUCUUUACUCUUUCUAUUAUAUGUGAAUUGUCAUUGAUGGACCUUUUCGUUUGCUGUCUAGCAUUCAUGCCAACUGCAUGGGGAUUGAUACUGAUUGCACAAGCUGUAAGGCCAAAGAUAGAGCACACUGGGCUGUGGGACUUCACACGUGCACUUGCUAGAGAAUUUGAUUAUGGAAUGGGGAUAGUUCUUUUCGGACCAAUAGCUAUUUUGGCAUGGCUACCAAUCAUUAAAGCCUUCCAUGCUCGUUUUCUUUUCAAUGAGGCAUUCAAAAGGCACUUGCAAAUUCAACCAAUUCUAUCAGGAAAAAAGAAGAAGCACAGGACUUGAUCAUGAUUCUUGUACUUGUUUGUGUACAGUCAAAGAUUAAUUAUUGAUAUUCUAUAGGAGGAUUUUAGGAACUAGAUAAUGGUUACAGCAUGUAUAGCUGCUUCAUAUUAGUACACAUUAGUACACACUCACUAAUGUACAAAAAGGAUACUAUUGUUUCUCAAUGUGUAGUUGAAUAAGUUAAAGAAAAGGGAAUUAAAAAAGUAUUUGUUUCUA